AAAUGAGCUUUAUAUAUCCGAUCCCUACCACUGGCUCUAUUUCUUUUUCAGAUUUUUUGUUGGAUGAAAAUAAUUUAUAUAUAAAUGAAAUCUCAGAUGCAACAGCUCAAAGGGGACGUGUCCGAACUGUUUUGAAGGAAGCAAAUAGGACAGAAGGACCAAUAGAUUAUACAAAGAUUAUAAGUACGAUUGUUGAUUAUCUUCCAUAUUUACUCGGAAUUAUCAAUUGUCUUGAAUGCGGCCAAUUAAAAUUAAAGAAAGAAAUUGAAACGUCAUGGCGAUGUUCUCUUACGGCUUCAGUUCUGAAAAAGAAGCCUCGAGUGGCUUGUCGAGGGAUACAUUAUGAAUUGAUUUUUAUUCUUUUAACGUAUGGAUAUGCUUGUUCCAAUAAGGCAUCCUGUAACAUUGAAAGGCAGAUGCAGAAAGAUGAAGGCGAUAAAGCUUUAAGACAGGCUGCAGAUUUAUUGCGUAAAGCUUCAGGAGUAUUUGAAUAUAUUGCGGAAAAGGUAUGCCCCAAUUGGAAAGAUCCGCCUCCGACAAGACCACCAGAUGUUUUGUCUGAAUUAUCCAUGUCCUUAUCAAAAAUUUCGAUCGCAGAUGCUUCAUCAAUUGCUAUUCGUAAAGCUCUCACACAGCAGAUGUCAUCGUCAUUGCUGGCCAAGUUGGCAAUUGGUGCAGCAGGACAUUAUGAAAUGACAAAUGGACUCAUCAACAGUUUAAAAGACCCACAAAAAGUUUGUCAAGACCUUCGAAAGUACGUUUCAAAUAGUAUUUUAUUUCACCAGUCGCUCGGAAAGAAGUUCUUGGCGAAAGAUGCGUACGAACAUCAGCAAACCGGAAAAGCCGUUGGAUUCAUCAAAGAAGCUAGGGAUGUGUUACAUGUCCUUACCAAAUCAAAAUCUCCGAUUAUUGCCAAACAUUCUAUUCAAGAAUAUGCAGAAGCAAAUGAAUUAUGUAAAAGUUAUAUUGGAAUAAAUGAUACAGUAGCGUUCGAAGCAGUACCAUCAAAAGCUGAUCUUCAGGCGCUCAUUCCUGGCGGACGAAUGUUUCACCAUUUGAUUGAAUACACUCCACCACCACCAGCUUUUGGGCCCGAUGUGGAAAAAUAUGGUAGAAGUGUAGAUCAACUUUACACGGACCGAGGAUAUUUUUAA